AAAUUGAUACCUUUGAAAUCAAAUAUAAUUUGUAAAGUUUUUAAAUGGUAUUGUAUUUCGUCUGCUUUUAACAAAAACCCCUUUUGAAAUUAGGGUUUUGGGUAUAGACAGAAUGAAGUGUUCGCACAGAGGCAAUGGCGACGGCAUCGGCGACGGCGUGGGAGGUGGAAAAAAUAAAGCAAGUGAGCAAGUAGAACGCCACCACUCUCAUGGUCACACACUCCCAGUUCCUAAAACUCAAGAAUCUCACCAACGGCAGCUCCGUCGCAAACGACCGCGAAGUCCUUGACAAAGCCGCGACAUACGGCAAGAUGUUCGAUGACCUCGGCCUGGCGGAGUGGGGCGUUAAUACGUGUCGGGAGCUCGGAAUGCGGAUGCCACGACACGUGCAACAGCGUUGCAUACCGCCUGUGCUAGAGGGCCGACACGUGCUUGGCAUCGACGAGACUAGGAGCGGAAAAACGGCGGCCUUCGUUCUUCCGAUCCUGUAUCGACUCGCUGAGCAUCCCUUCGGUGUUUUCGCAAUCGUAGUGACGGCCACACGCGAACUGGCGUUCCAGCUAGCAGAGCAGUUCCGCGCUCUAGGCUCUGUCGUGCACCUCCGCAUCACGGUUGUGGUAGGUGGCAUGGAUAUGCUCAAGCAGGCGAAGGAUUUGGUUGCGAGGCCACACCUCGUUAUUGCCACACCUGAGAGAAUCCACGUCUUGCUCCGUGAUAACCCUGAUAUUUCUCCUGUUUUCUCCAGAACCAAGGUAGUGAGCUUGUAAUUCGAUUUGGAGCUACGUUUGGAUAAGCAGUUCGGUGUUGUUCUGGUUUUCAAUUUAUAGGUCCAAAAGUAGAUUUAAAACCAAAACUUCAAACAAAAUUAAUCUCUUUUGGCCACAUUUAAACUUAGUUUUAAUAUAUGCAUUUUUUUCUUUAGGGUUGC